AUGGAACCAUCAAACGAUAAAAAUACAGGGGAACAGAAUAUGAAUACUAACAAAUCAGAUUUGAUUCAAUCUGCAAUCUCAUUUUUAAAUGACGAUACCGUGAAGGAUGCCCCAUUAUCUAAAAGAAUUGAGUUUUUGCAAAGCAAAGGUCUUAAUAAAGAAGAGAUUCAAUAUGCAUUAGAUGAGUCUCAAAAACUGCAAAAUACAGUAACUAUAAAUAACAACAAUAACGAUCAACAUGGUAAAUAUUUUAAAGCUAAUAAUGAUACCAAUAAUAAUAGCCCAAACUAUAUAUAUGAUAUUUUGCCUCCCCCUUUACCUGAACGUACAUGGAAAGAUUAUUUUGUGAUGGCUACUGUCACUGCAGGCUUAUUUUAUGGGUUAUAUGAAGUAACUAAGAGAUAUGUUAUACCCAAUAUUUUACCUUCAUCCAAAAACAAACUGGAAAGAGACAAAGAAGAAAUUAAUAAUCAAUUCGACAUGAUAGAUAAAGUGUUAAAUGAAAUUGAAAGAGAACACAAGGAAUUUAAAGAAAUGGAACAGACAAAAUUGGAUGAAUUAGAUGCUACAAUUGAACAACUAGAGACUUCAUUGGAAGAAAAUAAACAAUCUAGGGAAAAAAUUAAUGAUGAUUUUAAAUUACUUAAACUAGAGUUAUCAAAUUUACAAAAUACUUUAGAAAAAUUCAUGAAGAAUAAUCAAAAUGUGAAAGAAAUUGAUAAUAUCAAUCAAGAAAUAAUAUCUCUGAAAAAUCUUAUUAAAAAUUCUGAUAUUUUCCCACCACAGCAGAAAAAACUUUAUCAAAGCAAUAACUCUAUCCAAGGUAUGGAUGGAAGAAGUAAUGAGGACAGUAUUAAUAAUUUAGAAAAUGAACCUGAAGAUAUAUUAUCAAUGCCUGCUACAGAUGGUAUUCCUGGAAUUGAUGCUAUCCCAUCAGCUUCUGAACUUUUAGCCAAAUUCAAUAAAAAGAAACCAAUUGAACCAGCCAUUACUAACGAAGUUUUCCGUAGCAAUAACGAAGGCACAGAUGACAACAAUUCCGAUAAUGAUCUAGAAAAUACUACAGCACCAGCAUGGAAAAAAUCUAGAGAGCAAGCAUUUUCUACAAUGCCACAAAAAAAUAAUUCCAACACUAAUGGCACUACUUUAAAUAAGGCCGCUGAUGAAAUGCCAGAGUGGCAACGUAUGCUACAAGAUGAAUCAAAUUGA